AUGGACCUGGGCGAAAACAGCUGGUCCAUGGUUAAGAGAGAAGUCUCCAGCAGCCCAGGGUCGCCGGUGGAGCAGAACUAUCUUCACGGUGAUAGGAGGGACCGGCACACCUCGGAAGAGCUGAGGUCAGCCCCGACAGCUCAUCUUGACACAGGAAACCGGCGCUCUGAGGGGCGAGCACUACACCCCUACGUUCACUUCGGACAUCACAACAACACAUUGCCCAGUUCAGAGGACAUCACGCUGUUCACGGAUCUUGACCAGGGAAACAAACUCAUCAUUUCCAGCGGAGCACACAAGGGAGGUUUAAUCGUCGACCCCAGCGACAUGUAUCAAACCCUUGCCAUAGCGGCGGCUCAGAGCCAGGCAGGAUACGACUCCCCUACUGGUAGCUAUAUGCACUCCACAUCAACUUCCCCGGUGUACGUGCCGACCUCCCGCGUGGGACCUAUGAUUCCCAGUAUCCCUUACCUCCAGGGCAGCGGGUCUGCACAGCCGAGUCAUGGGGUUAGCAGUCACUCGGUCUGGUCGCAGCCAACCCCGGAAAGCCCUUCAUACAGCACCGGGAGUCCCCACGCCUCCAACCGUUUUCACUACUCUCCAAGUCCGCCCAUGAAUAACGGCGCUUCCAGGGACAGCGGCUACAGUAACUCUCUGAAUGUGAACGGCAGAGAUCAGUACGGCCUGGCCCGGCCUCUCGGUGGACCCUACCCCAGCCCGUAUGCUCCUUACGUGGGACCGCAGCUGUCCACUGCUUGGCCGACUGGACCAUUUGACAACACGAUGCUGCAUUCUCUGCAAAGCCGAGGAACGUCACUACCAAUUCGAGGACCCAAUGGAGACAUUUUGGAUGACUUGGGAGAAAGUCGAGAAUGUGUGAACUGCGGGUCCAUCUCAACGCCGCUAUGGAGACGCGAUGGCACGGGUCACUUUCUGUGCAAUGCCUGCGGCCUGUACAGCAAAAUGAACGGACUUAGUCGGCCACUAAUAAAACCACAAAAGCGGAUGUCAUCGACAAGACGAAUUGGGCUCUCCUGUGCAAAUUGCCAAACCAGCACUACCACACUGUGGCGCAGGAAUGCAGAGGGGGAACCGGUGUGUAAUGCAUGUGGACUCUACACCAAAUUACAUGGGGUCCCAAGGCCACUCGCCAUGAAGAAAGAAGGCAUUCAGACGAGGAAAAGAAAACCAAAGACCUUGAGCAAGAUCAAGGGUUCUUCCGGUAACAGUAACCCAGUUCCCAUGACUCCAACCUCUACGUCUUCCUCCAAUUCUGAAGACUGCUCCAAGAAUAGCUCUCCAUCAGCACAGGCACCUGUCCAAGGGGUCAACUCCUCCACCAUGACAGGCCAGGGGGAGGUACCCACCUCAGGCAGCUCCACGGUGAAGUACGUGGGGCAGGAGGGCCUGUACCCGGGGGUCGGCCUGACCUCCACGGCUGACGUGGCAGCGGCGGUGCGAGGGGAGCCCUGGUGCCCGAUGGCUCUGGCCUGAUCGCGAGCGCCUGGGAGGCUGGCACUGGGGCCAAAAGCGUCUCACCGGACCUUCUGCUGGCUUGGCAUUAAAGUAAUCUGCAAAGACUCAGCGUUGGACUAUUUUACAUUUCGCUUUGGGUGUGUCUCUCCCUUCAUUCCUUUGGCUUUGAGUCGCAGCUGGACAUUGACGUCAACAAAAACAGCAACAAAACAAGAGUCGCCUCAUACUUCUUCCUUUUUCUAUACAUGGAACUGAUUGACCAUCGGAUUAAUGCCUGCAUUAAUCGAGAAAGUCGUCUUUUCUGUGCCUUUAAAAAAGGGAAAUAUUUGACAGCAGGUUUGUUGACUUUGCCAGGUAUGUUCCUGUAAUGGGUACUUUCAGAAUGGGCUCUGUAGAUGGCUCAUGGCUCAGUGGAAGGCACGAUAAAAGGGAAAGGCCAAUGUCACAUGGAUCAAAUUGAUUUCGUUUUGCUAAAUAUAUGUGUGUGCAUUACUUUAUGGAUAAUCCCCCUCUUCCAGAAAAAGGUGGUUAAUCUGUUUGCUUUAUAGAAGUAAAAACACUGUCCCUGCACAACUUCCAUACUUUUCUCAGCAACUGGAAUAGAUGAUGAAGUACAAAGAAAUUCUGAAUCAAGCCAAAAUAUUUAUUAACCUUUCAUUGUUGAAAUAAAUAUAUCAUGUUUGUUAAUAAAAUAAAGAUGUGCAAAUAGAGUAGAAGUAAAUCUUAAUUUUAAAUGUGCUUUUUAAACAUGAAUGCAUUUAGAUUUUUAUGUAGUUUUCGUUUGUGACGAAGCUGCACGUUUUCCUCUUUAAAUUUCUUUUUUGUUUCAAAAACAAUGUUAUGGUUUUAUACAGGGUAACAAAAAAUCUGACUUCCAUUGGUUUUAAGCAUUUUAAAUAGUGCAAUGGUGUGUUCUUGUCACAGUAAUCAGUGUUAAAUCAAGUCUUAGAUUUAACAACAAAUUUUGCAAUUAAUGUAAAUUGUCUUUAACUUAACGGUACUUAUGUAAUUCUAUUUUAAGACAAUGUUGAAGCUAAAUUUCUAGACGUUUAAAUCCAUAUUUAAACAAUAGAAAACAAUCAAAUUACAAAAAGUUUAAUUACUGGCAAAAAUUCUCAGAACAAAAUUUGCACUCGGGAAAAUGUUUGUAAUGCAUCUAUUAGGAUACGUGGUGAAAUUCUAAACAAGAAGAUACUGCACGUGACCGAUACUUUACUACCUAAAUGAUAGGCCUCCAUAUGUGAAUACUCCAAGUCAUAUAUAUUCAGCCUUUGUGUCUUGCGUUUUCAAGAUACAGUCUGUAUCAUAGAUUUAUGUAUAGUUUGACUGAAGCCACAUUUUGUCUUUUAUUUCAAAAGAAGUGCAUUUGCCUUGUUUUUGUUCGGUAAAAUUAAUUAAAAACAACAAGUAAUUUCUAACAAGAAA